AUGAGCUCUAUAGCCAACUUCAUACAAUUUAAUACAGCGGUCAGAGAAGGCACUAUUAGCACUCCAGAUGCCAUGAUAACCUGCGCCAGGGCACUCGAUGAGGAAGUCGCUGGGCAACUUUUUGAUUUUUCACUAUGGUGGAACCCGAAAACCAUCAUGAUAAACUCGGAAGUGAAAUCCGAACUGGUGUAUGAAUCGUAUUACAAUGUCUAUAAGGAUUACCGCGAGGCUGAUAGCUCAAACAUGAUGAGAGUAGCACGCGUUAUUUUAUCCGACAUCCUCACAGAUUGCGAAGAGUUGCGGAGGAAAGCCUGCCCGAAUGAAAAGGACGAAGGAACACAACCCGGACUAAUCACCGAAGAAAUGACAAGCCAAAUAUGUGCCAGUGUACCACAACUUGCUGGCUACAUACCAACUCUUUCGUCACCAACACCACACAACCUACCACGCAAACUCCCAUCUUCAAAUUCUGCAGCGGCGCUAUCACUGUUAUGGCCGCUUUUGGUGCUCGGAAAUUCAAGAAACAUAUCCGCCAAGACGAGGGAGUGGAUUAUUGAUCAACUCAAGACUAUUGCUCUGGCCUACGAUAUGGAAAGAUGUUGGGAUGUUAUAAGAAUUUUAGAAAUGAGUGAAGAGGAAAGAGCCAAGAUCAAUAUCUGGAAUGUCUUUGAGAGUAAUGUGAGCAAUAGUUAUCGCAGUUUCCGUUGUUAG